AGUGAAUUUGCAUCGAAAUGAAUGCGACCUGUCACUUCAACACCACAUUCGAUGACAUUUCCAAGCAAAUACCCUUUCGAUAUCAUUGUAAAUAAAUUAACGCAAUUGAAUCGAAGUUUUUCAUUGGACCAAUAAAGAGAAAAAAAGGGUCAAGAAGACACACACAACAUUCGCAUUGCAAGUGAAAUAGUUUGAAAUGUGUAUUUUGAGUGUCAAAUACCACAUGAGAACGCAAAAUGAGUAGAAUUUCAAAGAAAAAAAAGAAUCGGAGUCCAAACUGAAGGUGGAUAAAGGAAAAGUGUCGAAAGGAACAGAGGAAAAACACGUGAAAAGGUUAAGGGUGACUGAACUAAUAACGUGAUUUUAGAGAAAAAAUGUCUGAGUCAUUGGAAUUGCAUCAAUUGGUCGAUUCAGACACUGGGUCACAUCGGAUUCGUCGGUCAAAACUCUAUGAAUUUAUACAAAGUUGUUAUGCAUGUCCACUUUUGGGUAUUUUACUCGCAACAUUGUCUUCAUUCUUUUUUUCUCUGUGUUCCGUUAUCGUCAAGGAGCUCGUUGACAUACAUCCAAUUGAGUUGGCCUCCUUUCGAUUCAUCGGUGUACUGUUGCCAGCCAUUCCAAUAAUGAUUUACAAACAGGAAGAUGUCUUCCCAACUGGCCGACGGACAAUACUACUACUUCGCUGUUUCGUGGGCACAACUGGAUUAAUGCUUAGCUUUUAUGCAUUUCGUCACAUGCCACUGGCUGAUGCCAGUGUGAUAAUUUUCUCGACGCCAGUGUUUGUGGCAAUUUUUGCAAAUCUUUUCCUUAAAGAGCCCUGCGGGAUAUUCAACGUAUUUACAAUUCUGCUGACCUUGUUCGGUGUGGUGUUAAUAACGCGUCCGUCGAUGUUAUUUGGUGAUACUGUGGCCAGUUUGAAUGAUGAACAAGUGGCCGACCAUGAUCACAAUAAUAUUUGGGGUGCUGUGGCAGCGAUCUCAUCAACGCUGUUCGGAGCCAAUGCAUAUGUUACGUUACGAGCACUGAAGGGAAUCCACUAUUCGGUGAUAAUGAGUAAUUUUGGAGCAUUCGGUCUGCUGUACACGGUCAUUGUGUGUUGGUUCAUGAAUGUUCUCUGUAUGCCUUAUUGCAACUCGGAUCGAUGGAUGGUCGUUGCACUUGGAGUGUUCAGCUUUAUGGGUCAAAUUCUGCUCACACAAUCGCUACAAUUGGAAGAAGCGAGUGUAGUGGCGAUUGCACGAUCAGCCGAUAUUGUUUUUGCCUUCUUUUGGCAGAUUUUAUUCUUCAAAGAGAUUCCGAACGGGUAUUCAAUCAUUGGAGCCAUUAUUGUAACCAUUUCCGUAGUUUUAACGGGCUUAAAGAAAUGGAGCCAAACAUUGCCACGAGAAUCAGCGGUUCGAAAGCGAUUGCGAUACAUUUUGCUCGAGGUGUGGAUCUAGUGCAAAUCCAGUUUGAAUCACGCCAAUUGAAUUUAUUGAAUGCUCAAAAGAAACACGCUGCGUCAAAAGGGAAGAAAAAAACUCAAAUAUUUAUUUAUCGAGCACAUCAUUUAACCUAGUACGUGUUUAUUGCUAUGGUAAUGAUACGUAAACAUUAGACAAAACAACCAUGGAAUUGAUUCAAAUCUCAAUUGACUGACAUUUUUAAUAUCCCUUGACCACUUCUCCGCCUGAAUACCUACAUUUUACGAUCACUAUUCUAGUCAAAUUGUGCUAAACGGAUAUUUAGUCCAAAGUUAAUGCUUUCAAAGCCAAAGACGCUACUUAUUUGAAUCGUAACUAUCAUGGAUUUAAUUGUAAAACCUCCUAGUAUAAGAUCUUUUUUUAUGUUUUAUUUUUUUCCUUUGAUAAGUUUGUGAUUCGCACUGAAUGACCCACGUAUUGUCAUUUGUUUGGUCAUUAUGGAAUAUAUUUCACUUCUAGCAUUCUAGUCAACACUCCAUACAUUGGUGAAGUGAUCACAUCGUUAGCUUUUUUCCGAUAAUAAAAUGACCAUAGCCAAACAUUUUCAAUCAAACCGAUGUCAUAUAGUAUGUUUUACGUUUGUAUAAAAUAUGAUGAAUAAAAUGAAACCAACUGAAAUUAAAAGGAAA